UUUUAGGCAAUAUAGAAUAAAUGUAAACUAGGUAAAUUCACAAAGAGAGCAGAUAAGUGGUUUCUAGAACGUAGAGUCACAGAUGGCAAAACAGGGGAGAACUAAUUAAAGGGUAUGAGGUUUCCUUUUGGAGUGAUGGUGUAUUUUGGGACUUGACAGAGGGGAUACCUGGAGAGCACUGUGAAUGUACUAAACGCCACUGACAUGUACCCUCUAAAAUGCCUGUUUUUUGGAGCUGCCUGGGAAGCCUGUCCUGCUGUCCCCCCUCCUGCCCCACCCGACAAAAGCCUCAUUAUGUAAGUAAGUAAGUAAUUACACUUUUCACAUUCUCUUGGUGGUGUGUGGGUGGUUCUACCAGUCCUGACAUUUGAACCAAAUUUUGGGUAGGGGUCCUGACAUUUGAACCAAAUUUUGGGUAGGGGUCCAUACUGUCUCAGAGUGUCUGCAACAGCUCUUCUCGUGAUUCUUCUAGUAGCACACUUGUGGCAGGUGUGCUCCCCAUCCCUGAAACUUUAGUGUUUGUCAGAUCCAAAGAGAGUGUGUGUCCAGUAAGGGACAUAGCUCAUGUUCUGUUGAACUUGAAGUCACAGCUAGUUACGCAGUCUUUCUUCUGUGUCCAAUGACAACAGCAAAUGGAAUUAGUAAAACAAAACAAAACAACAGCUGUUGAUUGUUUCUUAGUUUUAAGAACCUUUACACAUGAGGUCUUGGCCAAGUGGGGCAGAAUACAACAAAAAGUCUUGGACUGUUGACUGAGAAAUUGUUCUAGGAAGCCUGUUCUUUCAAUGUCUGCCAUGCUGUAUUAAUCCGCUCGGGCUGCCAUUACAAAAUGCCAUAGACUGGGUGACUUACAAAACAGACAUUUAUCUUGCGUGGUUCUGGAGGCUGCAAAGUCCAAGGUCAAGGAGGGUGCUAGUUGAUCAGUUUCUUAGUGCGAGCCCUCAUCCUGGCCUGCAGACAGCUGCCUUCUUUCUGUGUCUUCACAAAAGGUGAUUUGGGGUGGGGGGAGUAAACUCUCUAUAAUGUCUUCUGAUACAGGCGUUAAUCCCAAUUUGCAGAACUCACUUUCAUGGCCUCAUCAAAGCCUAAUUACCUACCAAAGACCCCCAUCUCCAAAUACCAUCACACUGUAGGUAAGGGCUUCUACGUAUGGAUUUGGGCGGGGCACACAAUUCAGUCCAUAGCAUGUGCUUAGCCCAGUCCUCUCUUUAAAAGAAGUAGCUCUCUUUCUUGGUUCAUUCUUUGGAGGCUUGAAGUGAAUGGGGGCACAUUCAUGAAUCACCUUCCACCUCCUAUUUUAAAACUUCUUCCGUUCUCUGUUCUCCCUGCAUCCAUUUCAACUUUGUAUGUUCUUUGCUAAGGAGCUUGAGUACAUCAAAACAUCCCGAUUCUCUUUCUCUCUUACGGGAGGUCUUUCACCAUCGCUGAUAUUUCAUCCGCACACCUUGUUUUUAUCUUAAGUAGCUGUAUCUCUACUGGCAUGAAGGUAGAAAUUGGGGAAGAAGAUACCUUUUGCAUACCCCAGGGUGCCACCAUACAGGGGCACUAUAGUCUUGCUUGCGAUCAUAGAAUUCAAAGGAAGGAGACUUGCGUGGGAUCAAAGGGUAACCCAGGGUACUAAAGCCUUGAGGGAGGCCGAAGGCUUUGAUCACUCAUUGGGCGACAAGCAUGUCAAUCAUUGCUUCUCAGCAAAUGAGCUUCGAGCUCAUGGUGGAGGAAGUGGCUCUUUGUUGACCCUUCCAAUUUCCACCUCCCGUCACCAGCCCAACGGAAUCUUUCCCGCCUUGUCCCACUGCCACCUCAGGCGCAGUCUUGGUUGGCCGAUUCUUGGGCUGCCCCUCUGCGCUUCCUGUUGCGGGACUUCCACGAGCACCUUCACAGACUGUUGUACCCUCUGAAGUCAUCUUCUCUGCCACCCCCACCGCCUCCUGGCAGGUCCUGCUGCCAAUAGCCUCCCCUCAGGGGCAGUCACUUCAGUGGCCGCCAUCUUCACCGCGGUUGUCGCGGCCCCACAAUCAAAACUCCAGCUGAGGCACUGACUGGCGAGUCCCUCCGGCCAUGUCUGCCACAGAGGAACAAAGUCUGAUUCCAGGUGGCCAGGACCCCAGACCCGUUGGGGUCCCGGUGUCCCCUUCAGAAGGGGUGGACGGGGUCGAGGCAGCCGCAGCCUUCCUGGCUUCUGAAGGGGUUGCCCGAGCCCUUCCUGAGGAGGAGGGUGGGCAAGAUGCUGCCCAGGCCGCAGAACAGAGCCAGGAGGUAAAGCUGGUAGAAGAGGAGAAGGCGGGGGAAGAGGACGAGGAAGAGGAGGAAGAAGAGGAGGAGGAAGAGGAGAUCGAGUUCGAGUUUGAGUUUGGAGAUCAGGAAGACUAUGAGUACCAGUCGCCAGAGUUUGAGUUUGAGUUUGGGAACCAGGAGGAGUCUGACUAUGAGUCAGAAGAGGAGGGGGAAAACGAGGAAGAGAAUGAGGAGGAAGAGGAAGAGACUGAACAGGAGGAAGACAAUGGCCAAGUGCCCGCAGGCGUCCCAGAAGUCGCCACGGCCGCUCCUGAGACCCUCAUGGCACGGUUUCGGUCCCUCUUCAGGGCUCUGCUCCAUUCCCUUCUACACCGUAUCCAUGAUAAUGACCAUGUCCUGGUCCAGCCCCAUGCAGGCCGCAUGGGAAUCAGGCGCCACUCCCGGGAGCCUGAGGACCCUGGAGAGAGACCAGCGCCUCCAGAGGUGGAAGAGCCAGGAGAAGGACCAGCUCCCCAGGACCAGGGGCACCCGAGAGAGGAAGCGGAGGUCCGGGUGGGCGAGUACCAGGCAGAGGGCACCUCGCCCUGGGGGCCGCAGGAACCAACAGAGGAGGCUGUAUCCCAAAAGGCAGAGGAACCCACAGCAGAGGCUCACGGAAAAGAGGACGAGGCCCUGGGCGAUGCCUCCAAGUCCUCGGAAGCUGGGGCCUGUGCCCCCGACAACGUGCAGGUUGGCGAGUGGCCGUCAAGUCCUCGGGCCCUUGCAGCCCCUCUUGGGGCACCCAGCUCAAAGGCAGGCGGUGCUCAGCACUUGCCUUUAGCGGUGAAGCAGCGGGUCAAAGCUCUCAAAAAUCUUCAGGCCCAAUAUGCACAAGUGGAAGCUCAAUUCUACCGAGAUUUUCACGAUCUAGAGAAAAAGUAUGCGGUCUUCUACCAGCCUCUGUUUGAUAAGAGAUCUGAGAUCGUCAAUGCAAUCUAUGAGCCCACAGAAGGUGAGUGUCAGUGGCAAGUAGCUGUCCAGGAAGGCGCGUGGGGGGGAAUGGAAAGAGAGCCUGCGGGAAAAGGGCCAACAAGCGGCAUACCUCACUUUUGGUUGACAGCUUUUAAAAAUGUGAAGAUCCUUGGGAGGAUGAUCCGAAAAAAUGAUGAACCUGUACUCGAGCACUUGAAAGAUGUAAAAAUUAAAUUUUCAGGGUUCAAGGAACCAAUGAGCUUCACCAUAGAAUUUAUCUUCAAGUCCAACGAAUACUUUCUCAAUGAAAUCCUGAGUAAAACAUACCAAAUGCGAUCAGACCCCGAUGAUUCCGAUCCCUUCCUCUCCAAAGGCCCAGAAAUUAUCAGCAGCACAGGAUGCGAGAUCUACUGGAAAGAGGGGAGAAAUGUCACCAUGAAAACGAGCAAGCUGCAGAAAUGUGAGGACCGCAGAAGCAUUGUAUCCACCACCAAGAAGACGCCCCGCUAUUCUUUCUUCACCUACUUCUAUCCUCCUGAUUCUCCUGAGGGCAGAGUAGUCGAUGUCGCCACCGAUUUUAGAUUGGGCUAUUUUUUCCGUGAAGUUCUGGUCCCAAAGUCCGUAUUAUUCUUCACCAAUGAAGCCAGCGAAUAUAAGUGUGGAAGCUCUGAUGAUGAGGCCCGAGAAGCUGGAGGUGAGGAAAAGAAAGCAGAAGAGAUCAGAAAUGAAGAACCUGAAAAGGGGCCUGAAAAGCAUCUGGGCCCGGGAGAGAGCAGUUCCUGAGAACCCAGUUUGGAGGCAUAGUAAGACAUGAACGAAGAAAGCCACAAUGAAUUUGUUCUUCAAGGAAUGGAGAUUUUCUGAUAUUUAUUUGUCUUUUGAAACUUUAGCACCACUGGUCUUGUUCUAAUGUCAUCAUAUA